UACCUCCGUCACGUAGGUCAUAAUUCAAAACACUAAAGAUUUCAGAUCUUGUACGCUUUCUACCUGCAGAGCCAGCCAUGUUGUACAAUGAACAUUUUUAUGAACAUUUUUAUGUUCAUUUGCAGAGAGGCCGAUCCGAAACAGACAUCCGUCAAUAGCUAUUUUCAGCAUAGAAUUCUCGGUGAUUUCUCCUCGCUGGCCACUCGAGGAGAAUGGCAAGUGGCUGUCAAGUCGAGUCGCCUGCUCUAUAUAAGCCUACUUAAAUACAUGCCGUGCAUACGAAAAUGGCAAUCGCCAGAGACUCCGGGCCCGGCCUGGGCCUCAGCCAGCUCAGCAAAACCCGCCAGCAGACGGAGAAUCGAACGCAGACAUCGACUUAGACAGAAGCCACACAUCAAUAGUCCGGAAUCAGCGGCUGAAAAGGGGAAAAGAAAGAUAAAGUUCACUGAAAGAAAACGAAAUGUGUUCUAGGAAAUCGGAAAAGGGUGCAUAAUAAUUUUUGCUAUCCCUAAGGAAGAUAAUUCCCUAACUAACAAAUACAUCGGGACCUCAUUUUAAAAUUCAAGUUCUAUAAUAUGGGAUUUCU